AUGGCUGUAGAUAGAUUGGAAAUUUCAAUUACAAAAUUACAAUGGGGAUUAAGAGGAGCUCAAAUAUUUUGUGCUUUUAUUGCAAUAGCAUGUCUCGCAGCAGUUAUUUCAUUUGAUAACAAGACAACAUCCAGUACUAUAAUAGAUAAUAUUUUUAUUUUCUUUGUGGCCUUGUCAGUUAUUAUGUCAGCUGCAAUAGUCGGUAUUCCUUAUACUUAUUUACAAUAUGGUAAAUUUCAAAGUUUGGCAAGAGCUUUAAGGGUCAUUAGAAUAGAGUUCGUGCUUACAGCAAUCUGGUCUGUGCUUGUAUUUUUGGUAACGAUCGCACUGAGUAUAGAAUUGGGUUUGAGAAAUUGUGAUUCGAGCUCGGAUACGGCUGCCUUUGAAAGAGCUAAAAACAAAACAGGAAGUCUUUUUACCGAUGGAUUGGCCGGAAAUUAUGAAGCAAACGUGAAUUCCUCAAAAUCAUCUUUGGACACUGGUGUUGCUGGUACUAAUAAUCCACCACAAGGAGAAAAUGUUCAAAUGCAAAAUAUUCAUACUUUUGCUGCUAGUUCAUCUCAAUCUCAUUUGCCAACUCAACAACCUCAAACACAAUUUCAACAGCCUCAAACACCAAUUCAACAACCUCAUACACAAUUUCAACAACCUCAAACACAAUUUCAGCAGCCUCAAACACCAAUUCAACAACCUCAAACACAAUUUCAGCAGCCUCAGGUACCAAUUCAACAACCUCACACACAAUUUCAACAGCCUCAAGCACCAUAUCCACAAACUCAAGGACCAUAUCCACAAACUCAAGGACCAUAUCCACAAACUCAAGGACCGUACCCACAAACUCAAGGACCAUAUCCACCAACUCAAGGACCGUACCCACCAACUCAACCACCAUUUCAACAACCUCAAGUUUCUCCGGUUCCAGCAAAUCCUCAAGCAACGCCUAGUCCCAACAUCGAAUUCCCACAACCUCAAUUUUUUCCACAGUAA